GGGAUUUAAAAAUACAACUGACACUCUCUUAUUGGGAGUCGAAAAAUGGCUGCCCCCUUAACCCGAACAUCUUGGACCGUUUUAAGAAGAAAUCACUUCCAGUAUAAACAAUUCUUAACAGUUUCAUGCGUGAAUCGUUUUUCGCAAUAUAAAUAUUCGCAUCAACAAGAUAAAAAAUUUCGAACUUCUGAAAAAACAGUUAGAAAUGUCUUGUUUUAUACCAUUUUCUUUUCUGGUUUUGGUUAUGUUUUGUAUAAAUGGAAGGACGAUUGUCAAAACCGAUUUAGCAACUUGAUAAAAUCUAUGUUCACAAUAUAUGCUAAACCAGUUUCUUGGGAUGGAGGUAAUAAUAGAAAUAAAUAUAAUUUUAUAGCCGAUGUAGUAGAAAAGUCAGCACCUGCAGUAGUGUACAUAGAAAUUCAAAAUAACAGAAGAUUUGAUUUUCAAACAGGUAAACCAUUCAAUAUAAGCAAUGGAUCUGGUUUUAUUGUCGAAUCAGAUGGUUUAAUAUUGACAAAUGCUCAUGUUGUUACUGCUAAACCCCAUACAACUGUCAAGGUACGUCUUUAUGAUGGAAGUGUUUAUACUGGUACUGUGGAGGACAUUGACGUGCAUAGUGACCUUGCAACUGUACGAAUUAACAAGACAAAUUUACCAGUAAUGAAACUUGGUUCUUCUUCAAAUCUUAGACCUGGAGAAUUUGUAGUUGCUAUUGGAUCUCCAUUAGCUUUAAGUAACACAAUAACAAGUGGUGUAAUAAGUAGUGUAAAUAGACAUAGCCAAGAACUUGGUCUUCUUAAUAAACAAAUGGCUUAUAUUCAAACAGAUGCUGCAAUCACUUUUGGAAAUUCAGGUGGUCCAUUAGUUAAUUUGGAUGCAGAAGCAAUUGGUAUAAAUGCAAUGAAAGUGACAAGUGGUAUUUCUUUUGCUAUACCUAUAGAUUAUGCUAAAGAUUUUUUAAGAAAAGCAGAAUUACGCAGAAAAAACAAAGGUACACAAUUCGCAAUGGAAAAAACAAAAACUCAAUAUAUCGGAAUCACAAUGCUAACGCUUACACCGGAUCUUUUCUAUGAAUUGCAAAAAAAAUUAAAAGGAAUUCCACAUAACAUAAGAUAUGGUGUUCUUGUUUAUAAAGUGAUCGUAGGAUCGCCAGCACAUCUAGGAGGUUUACAAGCUGGCGAUAUCAUAACACAAGUCAAUGAUGAACCAGUGGUAUCAUCCGCUAGUAUUUACAAAGCCAUAGAAGCAGCAAAAAUCUUAAGAAUGACUGUGAUCAGAGGUCUAGAAGUAUUACAUCUGCGAAUUGAACCAGAAGAAAUUUAAAUCACAUUUCUAAUAGUAUAAUUCAUUUCGACAUUGAAAUUAUAAUUUAAAUAUCUAUCUUUUCUAAAUUUAUCAUUAAUAUUUUAUGUACAAUUGGCAUUUUUAUUUUAAUUUUUUUUAAUUAUAUAACGCAAUAAUACUAUACAAAAUAUUGCGUUAUGUUUCGCCUAUUUAA